AUGUCUGCCCUCUCACAUCAUCAGAGAUCUCAUGCAGGGAAAAGACGGUAUGAGUGCAGUGAUUGUGGGAAAUCUUUUACCAGUAGUUCUGCCCUGCGUUCUCACCAGAGAGUUCACACUGGUCAAAAGCCCUAUAAAUGCAAUGAAUGUGAGAAAUCUUUUGCUGGUAGUUCUGCCCUACGUUAUCACCAAUCAAUUCAUAGUGGAGUAAGGCCUUAUGUGUGCAGUGAAUGUGGGAAAUCUUUUGCUGGUAGUUUUAUCUUACGUUAUCACCAGAGAGUUCACACUGGAGAAAGGCCUUACGAGUGCAGUGAAUGUGGCAAAUCCUUUAUCCGAAAAACGAGCCUCAAUGUACACAUAAAGGUUCACUCAGGUGAAAGGCCUUAUGAGUGUAAUGAAUGUGGGAAAAAUUUUACUGCUAGUUCUGCCCUUCGUCAUCAUCUGAGAGUUCACACUGGAGAACGGCCUUUUGAGUGCUGUGAAUGUGGGAAAUCUUAUACUGCUCGUUCUGCCCUCCGUUCUCACCAGAGACUUCAUACUGGGGAAAGGCCUUAUGAGUGCAGAGAAUGUGGGAAAUCUUUUACUUUUAGUUCUGCCCUGUCUUCUCACCGGAGACUUCAUACUGGACAAAGGCCUUAUGAGUGCUGUGAAUGUGGGAAAUCUUACACUGCUAGUUCUACCCUCCGUUCUCACCAGAGACUUCACACUGGAGAACGUCCUUAUGAGUGCCGUGAAUGUGGGAAAUCUUUUACCAGUAGUUCUGCCCUCCGUUAUCACCAGAGACUUCACACUGGACAAAAGCCUUAUAAGUGCAGUGAAUGUGGCAAAUCUUUUAUCACUAAGUUCACACUCGAGAAGGGCGUUAGAAGUGCUGGGGAUGUAGAAAAUCUUUCAGCCAAAGCUCCAGUCUCAUUAAACCACAAAGUAUAUAGUUGA